AUGAUACAAGGCACGCGUCGCUGGUUCAGGCGCAAUCGGACAAACUUUGCCAUCGGCGCUGGAGUGCUUGGGGCCGGUUAUCUGGCGGGGCAAUAUGUGCUGGGCAAGAUUGGGGAGGCCAGACAGCGCAUGAGCGACGACCGCAUCGCAAAGGAGAAUUUGCGAAGGAGAUUCGAACAGAAUCAGGAGGAUUGUACUUUCACUGUUCUGGCUAUCCUGCCGACCGCCACUGAGAAUAUACUCGAUGCUAUUCCGGUUGAACGCGUGCUGGAGGAGCUGCAGAAGCAAAAAGCGGAACGGUUGUCGAGGAGUGUUGGCCCCAGCGAGAUUGCUAGUUCAGCGCCGCCGAGUGUGGCAGAUACGACUGAGGAUGAUGCAAGGAGCUCGACUCUUCAGACUGACAGCUUCGUACAUGCCAGCCAGGUUGUCACUGAGGGCGAUAGCGUUACUGGGCCUGUAGAGGGUGCCCCAGAAGCGAGCGAAGAGAAGAAGAGCAAAAAGAGCAAGGCACAGUUGUGGAAUGAGAUGAAGAUUAGCUCGAUAACACGAGCUUUUACUCUCAUCUACACCCUCGCCCUGCUCACCCUCCUCACCCGCAUCCAGUUGAACCUACUUGGUCGCCGCAACUACCUCGCAUCAGUUGUCUCACUGGCCUCACCACAAUCUGCCAGUGAGAGCUCCAGGAUCAACCUCGAAAACAACGACGACGACAACUUUGAACAAGCAUAUGGAAACGACUUUGAGACGAACCGCAGAUAUCUGAGCUUGAGCUGGUGGCUGCUGCACAAGGGCUGCAUAGACCUGAUUGAGAAAGUCAGGCUUGCAGUAAAGGACGUCUUUGGCCAGCUCAACCCGAGAGAGGAGAUUACCCUCGAAAAGCUAUCAGAGCUUACCCUAGAAGUGCGCAAGAAAGUGGAAGGCGCCACUGAAGAAGAGCGAAGAACCUGCAAAUGGCUCUCCUUCCUCCUCCCACCCCAAGACCAAGAAGACUACGUCCUCCGCGAAUCCGGCAUGACCUCAUCCUCUGAAUCCACAUCCCCAACCACAACUACCUCUCUGCGCCGUCUCAUCGACGAAACCUCCGACCUAAUCGAUUCCCCCUCCUUCACCCACGUCCUCACCCAACUCCUCGAUGCCGGUUUCUCCCACCUCGUCGACGUCAAAAUCUCCCAACUCUCAUACAAGAUCCCGCCCAUUUCCGACAAUACAGCUCGCAUACAAGAGAUUGUCGGCAGCGACGUCAAAGCAAAGGUCGCAAAUAGUCUCGCCGUCUUCUGCCGUCAAGCACACAGCAUAGGCACUGGGGCAAACAACGAAUACCUAUCCGCUAUGGAGGCUGUUGGGGGUCUAGAGGCAUUCGCCGCAGUCGUUUACUCGAGCAACUUUGAGUAUGAGAGCCCUGAGGCUGCUACUACGCUCAGUCAACCUGCAACUACAGAAGGGACGCCGAAGCAGAUCUUGCCCGACAGCUCUGCCGCGUCGGGAAUUUUCAUAAACGAGGGUCCCGACAAGGCAGUGGAUGAGUUUGAGAGUGCGUGGGGCAAGGCACUGGCAAAGGAGGAUGGGAAGCAGUUUUGA